AUGGAGGCAUCCCUAUUUCCACAGCCUUGUCGGUUGCUGAGUCUCCCAACCGAAGUCAAACUCCACAUUGUCGACUUUCUGGACAACCGGAGAGACCUAUACAAUUUGUCCCAAACAUGCCGUGUUCUGGAAGACAUGGUUAUGGCUCGACUGUACCACACCAUCGACUUCGAACUGGACCAGAGUCGGAAGGCAACCUUCCGCAAGCCAGUCACCCAGUCAGUACGGGAGUUCACGAUGAGAAAUGGGCGGAUCCAAAGGAGAAAUUCAAUGCACAAACGCAGACGUAUCUCCGAUGCAGGUUCCUUCAGCGCCGCUGUCAAUGGUCUCCUUGAGAAGAUCCCUGCAAAUCAGUUGACACGCUUCGAGUUUUUCCACCAAAGACCAAUGAGUCCCCAAGUGCUCGAUUUCCUCGCCCGUCGGCACGGGAACACGCUCCAACACCUCUCCUUCUACGAUCUUGAAUCCGGGCAACAGAGCCUUGUGCCCGAGGCCCUCAGCGUCUUGGAUGCUCGCACCGUGAAUGAAGGAGAUGCCGUGGAAAAAAUCAUAUCCGCGAACAAGAGGACCUUACAGUGUCUAUCCUUGGGACAAGAGAAGCAACUAAUAGAACGAUACCAGCACAACAGACUCGGCCUCUACAACCAGAUACCUCAGCCGAGGGAGAGUUUCCUCACCUCAGCAUACGCACUGGAUUCAUUUCCCCAGCUCCGCGAGCUCUCUUUGUCCGGCUUGGACGUCGGACUCCUCCGGCCAGCAUCGAUGUCGCAAGCUCGUUUCUUCUGCCGCCUCGAGCGGCUUGCACUAGAAUCCUGCCCCGGAAGCAUUGAACUACUGGAAUCCAUCGCAAGUACCUUCCACUGGACCGCCACGUCGCCCGAAGCACCCCAAACCCCACAAGCGACCCCUUCCCUGAAACAUUUCCUCUUCCGACACGAAAAUCCCACGGCCGCCCUGAAGGACGCGACGGUCCGCUUCCUCACCUCCUUCACUGGCCUGCGCACUCUGUCUUUGUUGUUCGAGAAUGCCGCCAUUCUAGAGCGGCCUAGCACGUUCAUCGCCGAGCACGGUCCUACCCUUGAAACCCUCGUCUUUGAAUCACGCAUCCAACCCCGCGAGCACUUAACAAUGGAUACAUCCCGCCCGUUCGGCGUCGGCGGCUACAGCCACGAUCUCUGGGAAGAUUCCAUCAACGACAUUGCCCGAUUGUGUCCCAACCUCGUCGAGCUAGGCAUGGGAUUCCCCUGGACAGAUGAAAUGGUGCGGCUAAGAAAGACGGCCCUCCCAACCCUCCAGCACCUCAAGACCAUUCACGUCCGCAAUUUCCCCGAAAACCAGACCCUAAGCCAACUGGGCGACUACACCAUCAAAGAGUACGCCAUCAAGUUCGUGGAGUGGGUGUUUCCGGCUCGUGUCGGCGGCCCGAGACCCGCGUUGACGCACCUCGCCAUCGGCCCUACCAUCUACGAAAGCAGGUGGAACAUCACACCUCAGUCAGAGCCGACAACGAUGUCCGCGAAUACGAGCACCACGCAUACGACAUGCCCCAUGCCAGUCUUCAAUACGUCCACGUACAGGCCCACGCCACCCCGGCCGCAAGCCCACCCCGCAACGCGAUCUCAACCCCCUGAGUUUCUGAGGACCCACCACUUCUGCCUCGACUGGGCCAAGACGCGAUUCAACCGCUGGUCCCCCUUGAUCACGCCCGUGAGCGAGAGGUUCAUGGAGGAGAUCUCGGGGCAGAAACCCCUGCGUGGCGUGUUCGAGCAGGUGUGGCUGAGAUGA